UAAUUAACCAAUCACAAUACUGAACACACUCGCCAUCAUUUUACAAUAGCCAAAAAAAACGUUAACAGAAGAGGACCGUACAUGAACGUACAUAAAAAAAAAAAAAUAAGAAGCAAAAACUGUACAAGUUGUUUAUUUUUUACAUAUCGUUUACGUAAUAACUUAUAAUGCCUCCACUUUCGAUUUGACAUGUGAUGACGUCAUAUGGUUUAACAACCGUGAUCAGAAAUGAAACAUGUUAGAAAUGAUUUAUAUAAACGACAGACAUGACAGCUUCUGAAGAGUAAAAGUAUGGAACACUGUGUUGCCUGAUAUUAGAAAUUCUUCUUCACUUAAAUUGUUUAAAAUACAAGUGAACAAACACGAGCCUGCUGUUUCAUCCUAUUUCUAUGAAGGUGAUAGAAGUUAGUUGCUUGUAAAAGAGCCCCAUCUUUAUAGAGGGAAUAGAUAAACAAGAAGAAAAGUUUUUUUAAAGAUGUCCUCUGACAUUUUGACGAUCUCGGUGUUUGUGUCCUUGUUUCUGAAUGCCCUUGGGGCCGACGAGACGUGCAAGUUCGAGUUCAACGUGCCCACGAACGGCGGGUGCGUGGUGCACACCAAGGAGAUGGAGCUGUCGUACGAGCAGAUGAAGGAGGACAUCGCUAGCAGCCAACAGCGGACGCGCGCCAUGGCCGAGUCGUUCACCAAGGAGAUCGGCGUCCUGCACCAGAAGAGCGAGGAGCACCACGAGCGGCUGACGAAGGCAAGCCGCAGGCUGGACGACAUCGAGGACUCGCUGAAGGUGCUGCCGCAGAUCACGCAGGAGCUGGCCGAGGUGAGCAAGUCGCUGACGGAGACGAGGCGCACGGUCAACGCCAUCCACAACGACCACGACAUGUUCGGCAGCAGCAUCGAGGAGCUGAGGCACAGCAGCAUCAGCCAGGCGCGGAACCUGUCGGAGUUGUCCACGGAGAUGUCCGAACACCGGAUCGCACUCAUGUCGUACGGCGUGGCCAUCGACAAGAUGAAGGCGGCCGAGGACACCAUGAAGGGACUCGAGCAAAAGGUGGCGGAGCUCAAGCACGACCUGGUCAGCACGCGCAACGUCGUGUCCGAGCUCAACGAGAAGGUCAACUCCAUGGAGACGUCCAUCAAGAGCACGAUUGCGGCGAUGGCUUCCCUGGGCAGACUGCCGGGACUGGUGAAGAGGCUGCAAGAACAGAUGGAACGUCGAUUAGCUAAAAGACGGCGGCGCUCCAUAGGUCUAUCGGACACUGGAACUUAGUGACUUACAACCGGAAUUAUUACAGUUCAACAUGCAGAUUCACUUAACAUUCUAUCGUAUUAUGUGCACCCGACUGGGAAUAGCACUGACCCCUGGUCACGUGUAAUUUAGUUUAGUAAAGCGGAGACUUUCCACAAACAUUUGGGACCUCGUAUCAACGAUC